CAGUAAAGUCUGAUCAAGGAUAGUCCGAGGGUCACCAAUGAGGUCGAUAGUAGUUCAGGACCGCUCUCUGGUUGGGGUAGGAUGAUUCAGUUGCCUGAUAACAGCUGGGAAAAAACUGUCCCUGAAUCUGGAGGUGUGUGCGUUUUCACACUUCUGUACCUCUUGCCCGAUGGGAGAGGGGAGAAGAGGGAGUGGCCGGGGUGCGACUGGUCCUUGAUGAUGCUGCUGGCCUUGCCGAGGCAGCGUGAGGUGUAGAUGGAGUCAAUGGAAGGGAGGCUGGUUUGUGUAUGUGAUGGUCUGGGCUGACAAUAGACAAUAGACAAUAGGUGCAGGAGUCGGCCAUUCGGCCCUUCGAGCCAACACCGCCAUUCAAUGUGAUCACGGCUGAUCAUCCCCAAUCAGUACCCCGUUCCUGCCUCUCCCCAUAUCCCCUGACUCCGCUAUCUUUAAGAGCCCUAUCUAGCUCUCUCUUGAAAGCAUCCAGAGAACCGGCCUCCACCGCCCUCUGAGGCAGAGAAUUCCACAGACUCACAACUCUGUGUGUGAAAAAGCGUUUCCUUGUCUCCGUUAUAAAUGGUUUACCCCUUAUUCUUAAACUGUGGCCCCUGGUUCUGGACUCCCCCAACAUCGGGAACAUGUUUCCCGCCUCUAGCGUGUCCAAACCCUUAAUAAUCUUAUAUGUUUCAAUAAGAUCGCCUCUCAUCCUUCUAACAAUAAGAUAUCCUCUCAUCCUUCUAACAAUAAGAUCACCUCUCAUCCUUCUAACAAUAAGAUGCCCUCUCAUCCUUCUAACAGUAAGAUACCCUCUCAUCCUUCUAACAAUAAGAUCUCCUCUCAUCCUUCUAACAAUAAGAUCGCCUCUCAUCCUUCUAACAAUAAGAUCCCCUCUCAUCCUUCUAACAAUAAGAUCACCUCUCAUCCUUCUAACAAUAAGAUGCCCUCUCAUCCUUCUAACAAUAAGAUGCCCUCUCAUCCUUCUAACAAUAAGAUACCCUCUCAUCCUUCUAACAAUAAGAUCACCUCUCAUCCUUCUAACAAUAAGAUGCCCUCUCAUCCUUCUAACAAUAAGAUUCCCUCUCAUCCUUCUAACAAUAAGAUCGCCUCUCAUCCUUCUAACAAUAAGAUCCCCUCUCAUCCUUCUAACAAUAAGAUCCCCUCUCAUCCUUCUAACAAUAAGAUGCCCUCUCAUCCUUCUAACAAUAAGAUUCCCUCUCAUCCUUCUAACAAUAAGAUCGCCUCUCAUCCUUCUAACAAUAAGAUCCCCUCUCAUCCUUCGAACAAUAAGAUCGCCUCUCAUCCUUCUAAACUCCAGAGUGUAUAAGCCCAGCUGCUCCAUUCUCUCAGCAUUUGACAAUCCCGCCAUCCCGGGAAUUAACUUAGUAAACCUACGCAGUACUCCCUCAAUAGCAAGAAUGUCCACAAUUCUCUGCGAUUUCUUGCGGACUUGGUUGGAGCUCCUCCCAAACCAAGGUGUGAUACGUCUCGCCCACGGCCACCUACGCUCCAAAGAAAUUAGCCCCAGCCAGCCCAACCUCUCCCUGUAACUCAAGUCCCAGGUGAAUUGUGCCAGCACCCUUUCCAAAGUACCGACUAAUGUCACACUGAGAUAUGUCCACGUCUGUUAGU